AUGGCCCCAUAUGCAUUUGUCACCAUGCUCACCUCUGAUCCAUAUCUGCCUGGCUGCUUGGUCACGGCACAUUCGAUUAAACAAUCGGAGAAAGACAACGCAGCUCAAGACUUUGAUCUUGUCUGCCUGAUCACGUUGGACUCCGUCAGCGUCGAGUCAAUCAAAGCACUCAGAAAAGUCUACAACCUCGUCAUUUCAGUUGAUGCGAUCAGCUCAUCCAACAAAGAUGAGCUCAACUUGCUCGGCAGGCAGGAUUUAUCUGGUACCAUCACCAAGAUACAUAUAUGGAGACUAGUCCAGUAUCAAAAGGUCAUCUAUGUUGAUGCGGAUACCCUGAUCCUCAAAUCAAUAUCUCACCUAUUUCAACUUCCGAAUGAGUUCUCGGCCUCUCCAGAUACUGGCUGGCCCGAUUGUUUCAACUCCGGCCUUAUGGUCAUUCAACCAAACCUAGAUGUAUUCGAUCGACUCUAUGCUUUCUUCUUCGAGCGUGGUAGUUGGGAUGGCGGGGACCAGGGAGUUUUGAAUGAUUUUUUCAGUAGUGAUGAUGAGACAUUCGAAGAUGGAACCCAACGUCCAACGUGGAAUAGACUCAGCUUCGCGUAUAAUGUCACUCCAUCCGCGUAUUACAGUUACGCCCCGGCUUAUAGACGAUUUGGAAAAAAUAUCUUCAUGAUACAUUUCAUUGGGCAAGAAAAGCCUUGGCAUCUACUAGGCAAACGUCAAUUCAAAACCCAGACUCAACUCGCGUCCUCAACAGGGUUACCCCCCGUAGAUUAUGAUGCACUUCUACACAAAUGGUUCGACGUGUACGAAAGAGCCUAUGGACCCAUCAAGCUUUCCGAUUCGACCUACACGGAGCACGACUUUGCAUUUCCGAAAUACGCUGCUCAAUGGGACAGUCAAAAGCCUAGUCGAUAUGAGCCUCCGUCGUUUGACAAAUUGAAACAAAUGUUUACUAGAAAGACAGACAGCAACCUUAGUUCCAUUCCCGUUCUUCAUGGCGAAGUAUAUGAAGGCGGGUGUGAGGGUAGCUAUAUGAGCAUGCCUCUGCCUGGCAGGCCCCAUCGCUUUCUUACUCAACACGGAUUUGAAACUCGGGAUGAUAAAGGAAAAAAUAGAGAACCAAGUAUGUCUUCCUCUUAUGAAUCAGUGCCUGUCAGUGAACUUCCUGCGGCACCGUGCGACGAUCACCCCAUCGAAUCCGAUACAACUCCGCGACAUCUGGAACCCUCCGAAUCCCCCGUUGAUGAGACUUCGUUCCCCGUGCAAUCAACUUCGGUAGAUAUGGCGUCCACCGCUUCAAAUCAUGAAAAAUCUGAUUCGGGAUCACAUCACCAUCAACCAUGGGAUGCGACCCGAUCCCCUCCGCCUAAUCAAGGCUUCCAGAUGAGCAACCCCAUCACGAAGCGCUAUGAAGCUGCUUGGGAUCAACCCGUGCAACAUCAAGCUGCUCAAUUCUUUCAACCUCCGCCACAAGCAAAAGGUUAUAUUCCGCCAAUCACUCAUCAGGAUUAUAGUCAAAUAACUUCUAGUUCUCCCAGUUUGCAAUCCGUCAAGCCUAUCUUCCCUUGGGAACAAACCUCACGCAACUGGAAAACUUCUCGAGUCUUUCCAGAAGAAACGGAAGUCCCGCAAAAUGACGAGAGCCGCAGUCGUAUGCAAAGUUACAAUUCCGACGCGUUCAGUGAUGAUGCACAUCUCCACCAACAAGAUCAACAGCCUUCCAUCGACCAAGCCAACUUGACUGAGCUGUACCGUAAUGCAUGGGAUGAACAUCCAUUCAUCAGACGAUAUGCCAAUGCUCUUGCCGGAUCCUCCAAUUCAUCUCGAGUCCGUAGCGAGGGUGGUACUCGAGAGUCACUUGUAGCGCAAUUGGCCCAAACUCCCCAUCUGGAGAGAAAAUCCUUUCUCAGCGGAAGUCACUUUGACGAUCCUCCUUCAUCAAACCCAGAAGUCUCGGAGGCAGCUGCAACGUUUCGUCUCAGGCGCGACUCUGAAACUAGUAGUAGGGAUGGGGACGAAGAAGAUGUAGGUUCAGAUGACGAGGGUAGUGAGGACGGAGCCGAGACAAGUAGACGAGCGUUGAAGAUUGACGCAAUGCCGGUGAUCCUUCCAGGUCGUCCUACAGGGCCAAUGAUUGCACCACGACGUCCUCCACUUUAUCAUGGUAACGAGUCGGUAGGCUCAGUGUCUAGAGUUCCAACAGUCAGAUCAAUCAUAAUCGGAGUUCCCAUCGGGGUCGAUCAAAAAACUGGUGCUGGGGAAUUUGAGAGUGUUCAACGGCGAGGAUUGGGAAGGAAUAACGGACUAGAAAUUGAGAGUGAAUCUCGACCUGGAUCACUUGCUUCCUUACCGGCACCUAAACCUAGCCGUGUGUUUUCACCUACUACUGAUACUGGAAGCUUGAAGAAAUCGGGACUGGAUGCAUUACAAAAAUUGGUGAAUGAGAUGGAAAAUCAAAAACGAUUGGCAGCUGGAUCUACCCCACACGGCCCUAACUAA